UCUGUUGUCUUCCAUACAGCACUGCGAUAUGUUUAUCAGCCGUUUCAGCAGCCAAACCCUACCACACGCAGUACAUCUUUUUAAAGUAAAGGGCAGUGGGUCUGAUCCUGCCCAGAGGGACAAGGAAUUUUGGGCUACUCUUCUUGAAUCACCAGGAACUGUUCCUGGUUAUGUCGCCCCAGAAAUAUUCUCCUUCCCUAGUCGGACAGGAUUUACCCUCUAUGGCAUGAUGUAUCGGCCUCAUCAGCUACAGCCGGGGAAGAAAUACCCUACUGUCCUUUUCAUUUAUGGAGGACCGCAGGUUCAACUAGUUAACAAUCGAUUUAAGGGAUUGAAGUAUUUCCGGCUGAACACCCUUGCUUCUCUUGGUUAUGUAGUUGUAGUCAUUGAUAAUCGUGGUUCUUGUCACCGUGGCUUGAAGUUUGAAGGUGCAUUUAAGUACAAGAUGGGCCAAGUAGAGAUAGAAGAUCAGGUGGAGGGGCUGCAGUAUCUGGCUGCCAAGCACAGCUUCAUAGACCUCGAUAGAGUUGGUAUCCAUGGCUGGUCUUAUGGAGGCUACCUCUCCCUUAUGGCCUUGAUCCAGCGACCUGAUAUAUUUAAGGUGGCUAUUGCUGGAGCCCCAGUGACACUUUGGAUCUUCUAUGACACAGGAUAUACAGAGAGGUACAUGGGUCACCCUGACCAAAACGAACAUGGUUAUUACCUGGGCUCAGUGGCAAUGCAGGCUGAGAAGUUUCCUUCAGAACCAAGCCGUCUGCUCCUCUUGCAUGGUUUCCUGGAUGAAAAUGUGCACUUUGCUCACACGAGCAUUCUGCUUAGCUUUUUGGUGCGCAGCGGGAAACCAUAUGACUUACAGAUCUAUCCUCAGGAGCGUCACAGUAUUCGGGUUCCUGAGUCAGGAGAACAUUAUGAACUGCACCUUCUAUAUUACCUGCAGGAAAACCUGGGCUCUCACAUAGCAGUUACCAAAUCCUUGUGAGCACAGUGUUAAUGGUGCUCAGGGUGGGAAUUGGGAGUGCUGCACCCCUGCUGCCGGCAAAUAAAGGCACCUGUACACCCCAUACACUCAGCUUCCUUCUAGACAAGACUUUCAGUGGAGAGGAGAUGAAAGGCGUAGUAUCUUUUACCUUCAAUGAUAUCCAACACAAUGUACCAGUCAGAAUGGAUAAGAAACUGGUAUCACAGCUCCCUAUUGCAUUUCUCAUUACUGGGGGAUGUAUGGCAUCUACUACACUACAUGUCUUCUUGCAGAUAUGAUGUGGGCUUUUUGCACCUCUCGUUUUUGUUUUCUAUCCGAUUUUAGCAACAUGCGGACCUGCUGAGCAGUAAUAUAGCGCUAUUUGGAGGACAUUCAUGAGAACACUUCUAUAGGUGACUCUGAAAUAAAUGUUAUUGACCUCAGCAAAUAGUUAUAUCUUAAAAUCUUUACCAGGACGAAUGUCAGCCAGCUAGCUGAUAUAUACAUAAAACAUUU